AUGACAGAAGUAAAUCCAGAAUCUGUUCCAAUUACCAAACCCUUAGACCCUCCAAAAAAAGUAAAAGAUCCGCGUCGUGUCGAAGCGGGAAAAAGAUUGGCAAAAAUAAGUCAACAGGCAAAAGCUGCGAAAAAAGCAAAGACCGAAGAAAAUUUAAAAGCGGAAGUUCGCGAAAGUUGUAUGACAGAAAAUGAUGGAGGAUGGAUUUCCGUCGAAAGACUUUGUAUGGUAUUCGGACUGGGAAUUGGAUUAGGAUCGUUGUAUCUUUCAUGGCAAAGUCGCGACGAGAAAAAUCCUGUGAAACGGGACGAUAAAAUUAUGUACGAGAAUAACAACGAUGUAGAAAAAGAUCCGCCGAAAGAACCGUUCGACGACUUGUUUGACUAA